AUGGUGGGAGAGCAAGGCCUUCCCUUUGUCCUCUACGCGGUAUUCACUACUGCGGUUCUUGCUCAAGGAAGUCAAGGUACCGUGAAGUAUUUGCUUAUUGAAAUGUUUCAAGAAUAUGCUUUUAAAUACUGAUAUUUGAUGUUCAUUUUCUACGGUAAAAUUGAUGAAAGUUUCACUUCAACUAGUACACAGGAAUCGGGGGAGGGGCGCACAAGGAAAGGGAAAAAACGGAACUAUGUUCAAGGCCAUUGCGCUCAAGACGUUUUGAAAUUAUUAAAAGAUAUUGCAGCCACCGUAAAUAGCCCAGAAGAAACGGGAGCUUACUUUUACUAAGACACUUUUCUUCUCUUUAUAAUAGCAAUAAGUUUCAAAGCUGGAAAAACCAACGUCACUGUCAAAAGUCCAGGGUUGUUCGCUUGUGAGACAAUCACAUUUGCUGAACCGUUCUCUGGUGGAAAGCAAGUAAAAGUCUUUGCUUCAUUUGGUCACUCAGUUGACAACCAGGCCCGUGGCAAUGGUGCUGCUAUUUGGGUGGAAUCGGCAGAUAGAACUCAAUUCCGCGCUUGUAUCUACGAGUACAGCAACGGCUCAAAUUCAACUGCUGAGAUAAACUGGAUUGCCCUACAAUCUGCUCCCAAAGGAGCACAACUGGGAACCACUUCCCUGGACUCUUGGACUACCGGGACAGAAUGUAAAAAAAUCGACUUUCCUCAGGUACGCUUUGUUUUGCUAUGA